AUGGAGCGUUGGUCUGGUGUAUCCGUGCAAGAACUCAUCAACACCAGACGCUCCCUGUCAGAGGACUGGAUUGCCUAUAUCUGCAGGGAGGUGUUACAGGGCCUGUGUCAUCUGCAUAAACAGGAGGUCAUCCAUCACGACCUGAGGCCCCAGAAUAUAAUAGUGACAUCAUCCGCUGAUGUAAAGAUCACCGACUUCAGCUCUGCCACCAUGGGGACAAGCAGUGUUAGUACUUCUGGGACUAUACCAUACAUGGCCCCAGAAGUACUCAGCAACAUUAGCACCAAGACCAUCCGCUACAACUCUAAGGCUGAUAUAUGGUCAUUGGGAAUAUCAGCGCUGGAAAUGGCAGAAGGAUAUUAUCCAUUCAGCAGAUUUCCUGAAAAUAAGAUGAUGAAGAGGGUUAUGCACGGUCCCGCACCAACAUUACUAUGGGACAAAUGGAGUGACAACUUUCGUGCAUUCAUCAGAGAAAUCCUGCAAAAGAAUGCAGCGUGGAGACCCUCUGCAGAGCAGCUACUGUCACACCCCUUCAUAUCAAAUAUCCCAAAUGAGAGGGGUGUGACUGAUUCCAUCAAGUGGUACCUGCAUUAAGGAAUGAAGAACUGAAGAAAUAGCAGCCAUCGGGGGAGGGACGGGGGCACAAUUGUGGGGCCCUAAUGUCAUCUUUGGGCCCCACUUAAAAACAUGGUCCCGAUGGCGGCUUUAGAAGAUUAACAACAUCAACUUUAGAAGAAUAACAACAAUAUGAUAUUUUACAUUAUUCAAUAAACAUCUUAAAAUUA